AUGGCAUAUAUGGGAUGUGUGAAUUGUUGGGCGCCGGAUUUCAGAUAUAAGACGAAACUUGGAGAUCAAGAUCGGAAGAACAAUGUAAUUAUGCGGGAAAACAGAAUUAUACUGAAGAAAAUUCGUCAAGCGGAAAGUCAAUAUCCUACUCGUGAGUUUUUGAGAGCCUACAAGAAAAUACACGAGGCAGUGGAGCACCGUGCAAGAUACGUUUCAGUGAUUAAGAAACUGUACAUUGUGUCAGAUAUACGAAGGCAAUUAGCCGAAAAGAGUCAAACGAAAUGUUUCUUCGAUAUUGGACUUAAAGAAGAGGAUCAGAAAUUAGGGCGUAUAGUGUUUGAACUCUACGAUGGUAUCGUACCACGUACGUGCGAGAACUUUGCAGCUUUCUGUCGUGGAAUAAAUGGAUUCUCAUAUAAGCACACUCCAUUUCAUCGUAUUGUCUCUGGCUACUGGUGCCAGGGAGGAGAUGUCACGAAUUUUGAUGGUAGCGGCGGUAUCUCUAUAUACGGAGACUCAUUCGAUAAGGAAAUUUCCGAUUUAUGCCAUACGGAACCUGGCAUAUUGUCCAUGUGCAAUAACGAUGAUGGCAGAAACGACUCCAAGUUUAAUCUUACGUUUAGGUGCUUGGAAACCGUGGAUGGAGAUAGAGCCGUUUUCGGCCGGAUAAUAAGCGGAAUAAGAAACCUUUACAAGAUCGAGGAAUUCGGUACGAAGACCGGAAAACCAAUAAAAUCGGUGAUUGUGUUAAAUUGCGGAGUCCUGUCGACGAAACGCCCGCGUGAAAAGCUGCCCAAACCACAAAUAUGA